AAAAUUGCAUUGCCGUUGUCAUGAAUGUGAAACAUGUGUGGGGCUGGAUAGCUGGUACUGGCUACGCUUUGGCUACAACUUUGACCGGAGACAAUUUCACCAUCGACUGGCUCUCGGGUUGGCAUUCUCAGUAUGGACAAGAUCGAAAAAUCAUGCGGUGGCUAUACAGCGAACAUGCUUCUAAUGAAUGGUACUCUCACCUUGCAGGUGAAAACCGCCGCCAAGGUGUGUUCAUUGAACUUGGCGCCGGAGAUGGUGUGGACAAGAGCAACACUUUAGCGUUCGAGCAAAAACUUGGCUGGACUGGGCUGUUGAUCGAGCCUUCACCAAGUCUGUAUCAACAACUCCGGCAGAAUCGCCCCAAGGCAAAAUGUGUUCAAACUUGCGUAGCGGCCGGUGCCACCCAAAAGGAUUUUGUCGACUCUGGUCUGAACAGCGGCACAACCAGCAAACAUCGACUCAUGACCAGUGCCAAAGAAAGGUCUUUAAUGAUGUGCGAGUCAUUGAGCAAAUUAAUAGAUAUUCACUUGGGCCAUCUAGGAUCUAAAAUUGAUUACCUAUCUUUGGAUGUGGAGGGUUCUGAACUCGAAAUCUUGAGACAUUUUGAUUUCCAAAAGCAUCAAGUCGAUGUGAUGAGUAUUGAGGUUGACAAUGCUCUCCCCCAAGUGAUGUACAGACGACUGUCGAAUCUGCUGACACGAAACGGUUUUCGCUUUAUGGAGCGCAUCUCAGUGGAUGAGGUCUGGGUGCGGCAAAGAGGUUUCCACCCUGACCCCAGCUGUUCGUUGCCAGUCCAAUUGCAGACCCUUCCCAAAUCACCCAGGAAAGGCUGGGGAGGUGUUCGAACUGCUUUGGAAGACCUGCUACAAGUGUUGAAGCAGGCUGUGCCAGAUGAGUCCGUCAGCAUUAGUGCACUUGAUCUCGGGCCUGAUGUGGAGAUUCUCUUCCAUUAUUGGUCGAACGGGGAUUUGCGAGACUGGGAUGAUCAGUGUCCUAUGGGCAUGCUGACUCUUGGGCUCGCAUUUUCUUUACUGCGGGAUCGGACUAAUAACCCUGAGACUGAUACGCGGCAUAUGUUCAUCGAACUUGGCCAACAAACCGUCUUCUUUUGGACUGAGCGACUGGCUGUGACCUUGCAAACGAUUCGCCGCAGCGAUUUGGUGAAAGAAUCUGAAGCCCUUGCUGAAGAGUUUCACUUUCGGCUUCCCCUCAGCAGGGCAUGGCACAUCAGCAGCUUCCAGGAGAUUUUGGAGUCUGGUUGGCCCCUGUUUGGGCUCAUGUCCAUCGUGGGGAAAGAGCUGGCUAUGGUUCCGCAGGUCGUGGAGCACUUGGAUAUGGAAACUUAUGAAGAAAUUCGACCCAUGCGGAUGCCACUUCUUCGAUGCAACUUACUGGUGGAGGGCACUAAGGUCUCCUUGGUCCAAAAACGACCCUGGGACUUCGAAGGAAUACGACAAUCGACCCAGCAUUUGCUGAUGGACACUGACGCUUGCAAUCUCCUAGGUGCAGCUGCCAGCAUUUUUCAUCAUGUCCGUUUUGAACUCAGCCAGCAAACAAAGGCGGAAUCGCCAGCUUUCCAUCGCUUGGUGAAUUGGACGGCUUCGUGUUCAGAGGGCCUGCUAGACCCACGCAGUUGUUACCAGAAGAGCUUUGGAGAGUGUGCGGCACUUGGUGAUGAUGGCAAGGCAAUACCUGCGAAAUGCUUAAAGAUUGCAGCCUCCUCCAGGCGCCAUGGUUUGAGGCUGCGCCGGCCUCUCUUGUCGGAUCGGCUGCGCCUUUGGCUGGACCAAGGCGAACGGCUCGUCCGGACUUUUGUUGAGCGCCAUGGGCUCUUCAUGGCUGUUUGGUCUGCUUGUCAAAAGGAAUUGGCCCCAGCAAAGAGUUUGAGUGACUCAAGUGGCAACUGGCCAACUAAAAAGGAAGUGUGGACUCGAGAGACGAUGUUUGAUGUUCUACAUUCCAUUCAACAGCUUCUGACCAAGGGAUUCUUUGGAUCUAAGACGAUCUAAGUGAUAUAUUCACCCCAUGGAUACGCAUUGAUAGUGAAGGCAGCUGGCCGCAAAA